GGGGAGCUCUUCAUUGCGGCGACAUGAAGCUUUUCUUCGGCGAUGCCAAGAAAUCCAUUCAUUCGCCGCGGGAGUGUCGAUCGUCCAUCGCCCGGGGGGAAGCGGCCAGGUUUCCUUGACCCAUCACUACCACACCCUCAAUCCACACACGCGACCACAUUAUCAGUGUGCAUCCUUUGCGAAAACCGCGCAUGAUUCAAGGCUAUCGCAUUCCCCAAUGCGCCACCUCAAUGAAAGCAGAUGAUCCCCUACCCGCGGUGCCGUUCCCUGGCCACCAGUCCUUCGAUAUGGCCAGCACUCACGCUUCUCCUCUUCCUGACCGGCUGGGCGACACGCGCACAUGGCAUGACAGAUGACCUGAUAGCCACUCUUCGUCAAGACACGCGAGAUUUGUUCUAUCACGGGUGGUCCAACUACCUCCACUACGCCUUUCCGGAAGACGAAUUAAAGCCCAUCUCCUGCCAACCGCAAGUGCGGAAUCGAGCGAAUCCGGCAGACAUCGGUCUGAACGAUGUGCUCGGCAACUAUAGUCUCACCCUCAUCGACUCCCUGACCACCCUGUGCAUCUUGGCUUCGGGAGAGGAGGAUGGAAGAGACGGCCAUCAUGCGCUUCAGGACUUCCAAUGGGGUGUAAAAGCCUUGGUGGACCUAUAUGGAGAUGGGAGCCACACGGGAGAGCGAAGUUGUGGCAGCAGAGCAUGUGGCUUCGACCUCGACAGUAAGGUCCAGGUUUUCGAGACGAACAUUCGCGGAGUGGGAGGCCUACUUUCCGCGCAUUUGUUCGCUACCGGCGAGCUGCCAAUCCGAGGAUAUGAACCGCAAUGGGUGGAUACUGGAAACGGUGUCUCCGGAAUCAAAUGGUCCAAUGGGUUCAUUUACACGUCGCAACUCCUCGACUUGGCUCACGAUCUGGCCACGCGGCUGCUUCCCGCGUUCGAUACUCCAACUGGUCUACCGUAUCCUCGCGUGAAUCUCCGCCAUGGUAUUCCAUUCUACCGAAAUGCCGAGGAAGGGUACUGUCGUCUUGACGGCACGUCAUCCGAUCCUCGCGAAAUCACCGAAACUUGUGCCGCCGGUGCGGGAAGCCUGGUUCUUGAAUUUACGGUGCUGAGCCGGCUGACUGGUGACGAAAGAUUCGAAACGCUUGCCAAGAACGCAUUCUGGGCCGUGUGGGAGCGCAGGAGCUCGAUAGGUCUUGUGGGAGGCGGCCUCGAUGCUGAAAAUGGCCAAUGGACCGCACCUCCGCUUGCUGGCAUUGGUGCGGGAAUCGACAGCUUUUACGAAUACGCUUUCAAAUCGCACAUUCUCCUCUCCCUGGACGACGAUAGGGAAGCAGACGAGUUUCUGAGUGUAUGGCAAAAUGCUCACGAGAGCAUUAGACGCCAUGUUCUCCGUUCGGGCCUGGCCGAGAAACAUCCUUACUACAGCCAGGUCGAUCUUCUCUCCGGUGCGGUUCGAUACACUUGGAUUGAUAACCUGUCCGCAUACUAUCCUGGCCUUCUCACCUUGGCAGGUGAGCUGGACGAAGCGAUUGAAGCCCACCUUGUCUUUGCUGCACUGUGGACGCGCUACUCCGCCCUUCCUGAGCGAUGGCAUGCUCCUGCAGCUUUUGGGUUACCUGCCAAUGGCUUCAUCGACCCGAAUUUCAAGCAUUGGGCUGGCCGCCCAGAGUUUGCCGAGUCCACGUAUUAUUUGUAUCAAGCGACGCGAGAUCCAUGGUACCUGCACGUUGGUGAGAUGAUACUGAGGGAUAUUCGAAGGCGAUGUUGGGCGAGAUGUGGUUGGGCCGACUUGAGUGACGUGGUGAAUGGCGAGCAGAGAGAUCGCAUGGAAAGCUUCUUCCUGGGAGAGACGGCGAAGUAUUUGUUCCUCUUGUUUGAGGGUGCACGCCCUGGCCAAAGAGCUCUUCUGGAAGGGCGUGGUGGGGAAUCGGUAGUGUUCACUACCGAGGGCCAUCCGCUCCUCAUUCCCAGCAACUUCAAACGGAAGACUGAGCCACGAAAGGCGGGCGCGCCAGAGCAGGAUGUGGAACUGCUCGAUCCGGCACCGACGUGCCCGGUCCCUCUACCUCCUCUACCACUGACGGUCAGCCAUGUGGCAAAUCGGCAUAACCUCUUCCACGCUGCCGCACUGGCACAGCUGCAUCUGGUACCAAUCAACCCUGCGAGGGCUUCGGCACUGCUUGACAAUUCCCCCAAGAGCCCUGCCAUCUCAUAUGCCGAUGUGCGAAGCCCAUCAAACUAUACGUUUUACCCCUGGACUCUGCCGAAAGACUUGAUUCCAGCGAAAGGGCUCAGCUCUCCCAUCUCGACGCCGAUCAUCAGCACGCUCACCUUUCCGAACCUGUCACCUCUGGCCGACGGCACAGACGGUGCAUCACACCCCAAAACGGCGGAUCAAGGCCAACCACAGAUUCUCGCGGGCGCGCUGCAGAAAGUGCUCAAUGGUGUCAUCGUCACCAGCCUCUCCAACCUGCGCCUGAACAUGAUCCAGAUUCCUCGUGCACCCAUGGCUUUGGCCAACCGCGACAGUCUAGCAAUGAACGAAGGCCCGAAAGGCCCGGUGCAGGAGUAUAGGAUUCAGAGCAUUGCGAAUUUCGCCUUGGGGCAAGACGAGCACGUUCUCUUGACCGGCGAUGCGGUGAAAGGCGUGAGCCCUAGUGAUCCGCAUUUCACCCGCGUGAAAGACUUGGAGAAGGUGGAUCUGGUCUUGGACGUCCCGACGUCUCUUGAUUCUCUUCACGCAGCCGUAGAGGAGGGCCAUGUCGACAUUGACGAAGCUUUGGAGCUGCUGUUCGAGGAUAUGGAAGCCAUGGUGCAAGACAUGCUUCCUGGGGCGGGCAUCGACAUGGUCUCCGGCAAUGCGACAAUGCCUCCUCAGCCACGGAAGAAGUCUGCUCAGCCAGUGCUUACCAGGCAGCUUCUGGCCGCCAUCCUCCCUACGGGCAUCGGCGCUGCACCUCUGCCCACCGCCAUGGACAACAACGAUCCUCUGCCAUUGGGGCUUGGCAACCUCCCGUUCCAAAGCGUGUUCUUCUUGGACGACACCCUCUGCGAGCGCACCCUUCCCGCCUCCAUCGCCAAAAGCCACACGGUUCUGGUGAUCAAACGAGGCGGAUGCAGCUUCAGCGACAAGCUGGCCAAUAUCCCCUCCUUCACCCCUGAAGCGGGCAGUCUGCAACUCGUCAUCGUCGUCUCUUACUCCACAGACACCAUACCAGAGAAUCUCAUUCGGCCGCUGCUCGACGUCGUGCAGCGGACGCCGAGCAGCCUCGAGCGCAGACAUCUGCUCGCCAUGUGCAUGGUCGAUGGCAGUGACGAGACCGUGCAGGCGCUGAGGAGGCUUGCGACUGGAGUGGGGAGCUUUGACGCGAGCGGGAGAUUCAUGCAAAAGGCAGGCCCUGGGAAGUUGCAGCGCGCGGGACUGGCUGUGCGGAGGCGGUACUGGUUUGAGAGCAUGGGCGUGCCCAUUGCCAAUCUAUAUUUGGUCUAACGUGCGCGGGGCAGUUGAUCCAUGCAUUUGCAUUCUCAUGCGUUCACAUGGGAAGGAAGGAUUCGAAGCUCUUCUACAGUAUGUUUUCAUGGGUGCUAGUUUGAGACGCUUCAUGCUUGAUCUACCGUAUCGUCCGCGCGCUGCUGCUUGAUUGGUCCCCAUUACCGGCGCCCGGUACAUUCGCUCUCCAUCGAUACGCUUGCCUACUCCGCCCUCGCAGAUCGGCAAUCGAACCCAGCUUAUCACGCUGGGCGCCCGACAAUCUGGUCUUGGGGCCAAGAGUGGCGUCGUUUCCGCGGCAAGGUAUUAGUACAAUCACGCUCUUUGCGCUAAAAUACAGUGCAAGUAUACCCUCGGAGGCACGCCUGAAGUCCUCCGAAUCUUAUGCAG